AUGAAGUUAUUCCUCCAACGUGAAGACUCGAGAGGUCCAGAGCGGCCCGGAAAUGGCACCUUCGCAGUACUGUAUGACUUUCAGCGUACAGAUCCCAUGGUCAAAUUGCAGCACCCUGCCGAGUUGACUGACUAUGAACCACAUCGCCAAGCACAAAGUGAUCUCCUCUUCUUGCGUGGCUACCCAUCUCCGGAAUGGCUGUCGGCUGUGGGAAGCAGGGUUGACGUUGACAUCGAAUUUCUCGAGCAUCACUUGCAGUUGUAUGCGAAGCAACCAGUCCAAUUGGCUCGAACAUGGCCGCCAGUCGCAUCUCAGGCGGUAAUGGAGCCACGUCUUCGGCUCACGACUUUGGGAUACCUGCUUGACUCGGACGAGAGCACUAGGAGCAGCGUGUCGCAUGUGCAAAAGCUCCGGCAACGCACGAGAGGUCUUUUCGGCUCGUAUCUCGACUCCAUUCGAAACGAUGAGGUUGGGCUCGGCGACUCCUUGCUUCACAGCAUUUGCGUCCAUGAUGGUACAAACUUCAGCUUCGGCCAAGACAUCUCCAUAUGCGUAAAGCAGACCGAAAUUGGCUGGUUUGCUCUGAUUUGGCUAGACUUCGGAAGCCACAACCUGGCCGACGGACCCAAGGGUCGGCAUUUACUAGCACCACUGGGCAGCAACCCAGCCAACACCAUCUUUCGUCCUACGGUCUUCGGAAGGGCAUGUGAGGCAAGAGAUGGCACGCCGACCCGAGGAUCCACGGAUGACCCGAACAUCAGUGCAGAGUGCAUCGACCAAAACGCAAUGCACCUCUGGCGGAAUUAUGAUUAUGGCCUCGACAUCAACCUCGCACGAUCAAGCUCGCUGCAUGCCCUAAGUAAAUUAUUCGCUUUUGCCGCCGCUUCCGGAUCCCAGUUCCUCAACCUGAUUCAGCGCCUAGUCGACGACGAAGUUCGGCUAGCCGAUGCCUUCGAGCCAGAGAAUGCAUCCAUGUCAAACCUGCUGCACCAUCAGCAAGUUUUGAACGAGCACAGGAGACGUCUGAAAGGUGGUCCUCUUGCGUUGGAAGAGCAAUCAAGCUGGCCGCACGCGCUGAGCGUGACCCAGACCGAGUUGCACAUGACAGGGCACACUCAGAGCAAGUUGUAUCGCGACUUUGAUGGCUUGAUCCGUGCGGCACAGGAUAUCGCUGACGAAUGCAACCGUGGCGCUCGUAACGUCAUCCAGCUUGCGAGCCACGCGGAGUCCCAGAAAGCGAUUGCGCAGGCUGAGGACCUCGGGCGUCUUACCCGUUUGGCGACUAUUUUCGUGCCAUUGACAUUGAUAGCGGCCUUCUUUGGAAUGGAUUCAUCUUUGUUUGGGCAAGGGACGCUCCCUAUCUGGGUCUUCUUUGCGGCGGCGGGACCAACGUUGGUGUUGUCCGUGUUGUUGCUGAUGCCCAGAUGGAGACAGCGACUCACCAGUUGGUUUUGGCCAUCCAUUCGGCGGAGGACCACGCACGAGGAUGACUUGGAGACAGGCCAAUUAGCUUGA